GUCGAGUGGUCAAGCGCCAUUGGCCGAGCCUUGGCUUUCCUCCACGGCUUUACAGUUCCCAUUGUGCACCGCGACCUGAAGCCUCUGAACCUCCUUCUCACAAAGAAUUUGGAGGUGAGGAUGACGGACUUCGGCAUCAGCAAGAUGAUUUCCACCGUGGAUGACGAGCAUCACACCAUGACUGGUGGCGUGGGAAGCUACCUCUACAUGGCACCUGAAGUGGUUCGCUACGAGGAGUACAAUGAGAAGGUGGACCUCUACUCCUAUGGCCUGAUCAUGUACUACCUUAGCUCUGGGAAACGCCCGUUCCACCACAUCACGCUGGACCCAGAGGUGAUCCUGCAGCAGUACGUACAGAAGAAGGAGUCGGUUUUCGUCAGCCAUACAUAA